AUGUAUGUAGUACGGGAUGAUUUUCCGACUAAUUACGAAGGAAUACUUGGCAUAGACUUUUUAAUGAAGCACGCAGCUAAAUGCGAUCUCAAGAACAAAAACGUGCGCAUCGGAGACACGGUUCUUAAAUUACAUCCCGAAACGGCAUUUGAAAAAUACGCGCUAGCACCCCGUAGCGAAACAAUUAUACGGGCUAGAACCGACAAAAAUAAAAUCGGUGUAGUGCAGGCGGAAGAAAUUACGGCCGGAGUAUUCAUAGGGAGCUGUUUAGUAGAACCGAAGGAAAAUGUAUGUCCGAUUGCCGUAAUUAAUACGACAACGGAGGCGGUAGAGAUAACGACACCGCUUGCGAUAUUAGAUGACGUGCCGGUGAGCGACCCCGCGGCCGUGCAUGCGAUAGAAAAAGAUAGCGAGAACGGCAAGAGCGCCGAGACCGUGAUGGAGCGGCAGGAACGCUUGCGUCAGCAAUUACGAUUGACACACUUAAACAAGGAAGAAACGAAGGCCUUGCUAAGAGAUUCCUUUCCGCUACCCAAUAUAACCGAUAUCCUAGAUCAAUUAGGCAAUGCGAAAUAUUUUUCGACGUUAGACCUUGCGUCGGGAUAUCAUCAAAUCCCGAUGGCAGAAAAGGAUAAAAAUAAGACGGCCUUCUCGACGCCGUAUGGACACUACGAAUAUAACAGAAUGCCGUUUGGACUAAAAAACGCGCCAGCGACAUUUCAACGCCUGAUGAAUUCCGUAUUAACAGGAUUGCAAGGGUUAAAAUGUUUAGUUUAUUUAGAUGAUAUCGUGAUAUACGGAGCAAACUUAAAAGAGCACAACGAGAGACUCGUCGCAGUGCUCAAGCGCUUACGAAGCAGUAAAUUGAAACUGCAGCCCGAUAAAUGCGAAUUCCUCAGGAAGGAAGUGAUCUACCUAGGUCAUGUAAUAACGGACCGGGGAAUCUCGCCGGAUCCGUCAAAAUUAGAGGCGGUAACAAAAUUUCCCAUUCCUAAAACAGUCAGGGACGUACAAUCAUUCAUUGGACUCGCGGGAUAUUACCGACGAUUUAUCGAGGAAUUCUCGCGAAUUGCUAAACCCUUGACAAAAUUAACAAAAAAGGGGAGAAAUUCGACUGGGCGGCGGAGCAACAACACGCGUUUCAGCUUUAAAGGAAAAGCUAACCACCGCGCCGGUACUAAAUUACCCGGACUUCACGAAGGAAUUCCUGGUAACGACAGACGCCUCAGAUUACGCGAUCGGAGCCGUGCUCUCACAAGGGCCGGUGGGCCAAGACCGACCGAUCGCCUAUGCAAGUAG